CUUAAUAGAGCAUUACGACCUGCAGGCACAAUUUCUAUGAUCGUUACAGUGUGUUCUGUCUGAGAUGGAGUAACCGCUCGAGCAAUUAGUGUUAAACACCCAGAUUGAUUUACGUUACUUUGGGAUAUUUCCCGGUUUGUAUAUUUAUCGGCUGGGCAAGUGAAACGGCCGAGGCUUUGAGGACGCUUCGUUUUUUUUUUUUUCAAAGCCCGAAAUAGUCGCUGUCACUGGACGACAACUGUUUUGUUGAUGUCAUCCGCGGCAAAGCUGUAGCGACCGUCCGUUGCCGUGCGAGUCUGGGAUAAAGAAAGCCUCGUUUCGGUCUCGUCUCUUCUGUCUCCUUUGUUGCUUCCAGCAGCAGCAUUGACGAUGGGACUGUGGCUGCCGGGGCUCCUGCUGCUCUCCGCCUGCGCUCUCACUGCAGGGUCAGAUUUCCAGCAGAGACCGGGACCUCUCGGACAUUCGGCGUUUGAGAGGCGCUCGAGCGUUAGAGAGAGAGCCGCAAAGAUCGUGAGGCGAUCUCUGCCUGCGUGGCUGGCCGCAUCGCCGGAUCACAGGAUCCGGCGGAGGAGCGCCGAGCCGGGCGACUCGUGCGGGGCGCUCCGGGGAUACGAGCCCAAGUUGAAAGACAACACCCACCUCUACACCUUCAAUGACCUGAGUGGCUCAGUGUCUCUGGCCUGGGUUGGAGAUGGCACGGGGGUCAUUCUGGCUUUGACCACUUUCCAGGUGCCCUUCAUCAUGGUAAGACUUGGGCAGUCCAAACUUUAUCGCAGUGAGGAUUACGGGAAGACUUUUCAGGAUGUGACCAGCUUGAUCAACAACACUUUCAUCGGAUCAGAGUUUGGCAUCGCAAUCGACCCCGAGAACUCAGGGAAGGUGAUCCUGACAGGUGAAAUAUCUGGAGCUCAGGAAUCUCGGAUUUUUGUCUCCGACGACUUUGGAAAGAGCUUUUCCCAUCGGGACUUGCCUUUCAACCCCUUGAGGCAGAUCACGUACAAUCCCGAGAAGUCAAAUGUGCUGGUUGUCCUUAGCAACAAUAAUGAACUGUGGCUUUCUGAGGAUUUUGGCAGUGACUGGAAAAAGAUCCACGACAUGGUGUGUCUGGUGAAAUGGGGAAGAAAAAAUACAAUUUUCUUUACAACCAGCCUUAAUGGAUCCUGCAGUGAUCGAGGGAUGUUAGAACUGAGGAGAACUACAGACUAUGGGAAAACCAUCAAGACUGUUGCCAGUAAGAUCUACUCAUAUGGCCUGGGCGGACGCUUCCUUUUUGCCUCUGUCAUGACGGGCAAGGGGACACUUAGAAUGAUCCACGUGUCGGUGGAUGAUGGUGAGACUUGGAACAUGGCCCAGCUGCCGCCUGUUGGUCACGAGCAGUUCUACUCCAUCCUGGCAGCCAAUGAUGACAUGGUUUUCAUGCACGUCGACGAGCCCGGAGAUACAGGAUUUGGUACAAUUUAUGUAUCAGAUGACCGGGGCACUGUGUACUCAAAGUCACUGGAGCGCCACCUUUACACCACCACUGGAGGCGACACAGACUUCACGAAUGUCACCUCCUUACGAGGAGUUUUCAUUACCAGUGUCCUGGCUGAAGACACCUCUGUGCAGUCUGUGGUGUCCUUCGACCAGGGAGGGGAGUGGGUCCCCCUGCGGAAACCUGCCAACACCAAGUGUGAUGCUACAGCCAGAGACCCAGACAAGUGCAGUCUCCACAUCCACGCUGCUUACAGCACUGCCAUGAAAGUGAACGUCCCCAUGCUGCCUCUGAGCGAACCAAAUGCUUUGGGUCUCAUCUUGGCUCACGGUAGUGUUGGGGAUGCGAUCUCAGUGAUGCAACCCGAUGUGUAUGUGUCCGAUGACGGGGGCUACACCUGGAUGAAGGCGCUCGAUGGGCCUCACCACUAUGCUAUUCUGGACUCGGGAGGGCUGCUGGUAGCCGUGGAGCACAGCAAUACUCAAGCAAUCGACGAGAUUAAAUUUUCCACUGAUGAAGGACAGUGCUGGGGUGUGUACAAAUUCACAGAGGAGCCAAUAUACUUCACUGGGCUGGCAUCGGAGCCAGGAGCUCGCUCCAUGAAUGUCAGCAUCUGGGGCUACAGGGACUCCCUCUUUAGCCAGUACUGGAUCUCUGUCACCAUCGACUUCAGGGAACUUCUCACCAGAGACUGUGUAGAUAAAGACUAUGUGCAGUGGUUGGCCCACUCUGAUGACAUCAGCGACCCCAACGAUGGUUGUAUGCUGGGAUACAAAGAGAAGUUCCUGCGGCUCAGAAAGGACUCCGUUUGCUGGAACGGGCGUGAUUACACCAUCAACACACAGCCGACCCCGUGCCCGUGCACCCUGGAUGACUUCUUAUGUGACUUUGGGUACUAUCGUAAAGAGAAUAGCUCAGAGUGUGUGGAGCAGCCGGACCUGAAAGGCAAGGUUUUGGAGUUCUGUCUACAUGGCAAAGAGGAACAACUGCAGACCAGUGGGUAUAGAAAAAUCCCUGGAGACAAAUGUGAGGGAGGAAAGAUGCCAGAGCGAAAAGAGAUCGACCUCAGCAAGAGGUGUGUCAGUGACCUGGUGGGUCCAGAACCACUGACAGACAACCAGGCCUCCAAAUCUGUGCCCAUCGUGAUUACAGUGAUUGUGGUGAUGCUGCUGAGCAUUGCAGCUGGAGUGGUUUUUGUCAAGAAAUAUGUCUGUGGUGGCAGGUUUUUGGUUCACAGGUACUCAGUGCUGCAGCAGCACGUUGAGGACAACGCCACCGAUGGGAUGGACGACCCGCUGGAGUCCAACCACACUCCAAACGGCAAAAUAGAGUUCCACCAUGACUCCGAUGAGGAUCUGCUUGAAUAACAAACCCCUACCUGUUAUGCAACUGAGCUAGAGGUCUCCUGUCCACUCCAUGGCUGGCCGCUGUUCGUGUCACUUUUGUCUCCGGUUACUUCUUCCUCUUGCCCUUUAGUAUAAGCUUUGGCAACAGACGAGGAGUCUGUGUCGCUCUGCUGUCAUCGGUGAAGUUUAAUGAAUGUACGGAGACUCCUGAAACCAAUGCCAGAGGUGAGGAGGAUGAAGGAAGUCACAUGCUGUUGCACUCUCACUUUUUGGUUUCCAUGAGUUUGAAUCUCAGAGAUAUUUAUUUUGUUGAAUGAAGAAGUAAUGCAGUAACUCCGGUGCGCUCCUGAAAGCGCUACUCAUUUCUACUGAAGAUUUAUCUGUUUUUUUUCCCGCUUAUUGACUUGUAUAUAAACCUAUUUUCUUUGCAUUUUUAGUCCAUUAUUGGUUUAGUGGGUGUUCAAAAGGUUGCAGUCGAUUUUUGGUGGAUAAUUCCCCCAUAACACUUGAAUCUCAGUCCUUAAUUUUAUUGAAGCAUUGUCAAAAUGUACCCCAGACUACCAAGACUUUAAAUUUCACGUUCUUAGCCUUUACAGAUUUAAUUUCUAUUUUGGUCUGCAUUUGGAAAACUUUCCCGCUGACCUGGGGUUUUAUCGUAGUUGGAGUAAUAAGGCACGAACAGAAAUUUCUAUGAAAUUUGUUGGCAAUAAUGAGGACAUUUUUCUGCAUUUGGUACAUUGACCAUGCAUGUUAAACAGUCCUGAGAAUAUCUAUAGUGAAAAUGUCAUAAGCAAAUCACAAAGUGUCAACAUCCAGGAUGGUGAAGUGUGUCUGUUUUAAAGACAGAAUGAAUUUAAGACCUCAACUGCAAUUCUAACUGCUGAAAGCACAAGUUCCUUUCGGAAGCAAUGAGUUUGUAGUAGAGCAUUUUUUUCUUAAGUGUGACCUGUUGUUAGGAUAUCACUGUAAUCAUAAGUAAGCUGUGUUUGGAAUAAUCUGAGCAGUUUUUUGUACUAACCAGCUCUUCCAAAUCAUGGAACAUCUGACACACUGUUGUUCAGAGGUGUCAGAAGUAAUAGUUUGAUUGUGAAUAGCGACAUUUGCUUUUUAUUCCUCUUUCGUGCAACAUACUUUGAUAACCAAAUGCAUCAGUGGAUUAAAGUGAACGAAAGCAAUGCAGAAAAAAGCUCAUCUAUCCACUUCUGUAAAUGAAAUCUUGUAUAGCUCAAUGACUGCAGGUAGCCUGUUUGAAGAAUUAACAAACACUUCUGGAUAAGCUGCACCAAAAUGACUUUUUUUUUUUUUAAAUGUACCUGCAGUUGAAGCGAAGCAAGACGAUGUGAAAUCACAGGGUUGUUGAAGGUUUUUUAUGGUGUAAUUUUACUAUGAACUGCUGUAUUUUAAAUUCUGUCUAAUCAUGUGACGUCUUAGAUUGUUUCUCUCUUUUUCAACUUAUGUUGCACAGUUAUGUCUUGUGUUAGAUACUUUUCUUUAAUACAAAUUUAACUUAUUCAUGACAAGUUCGCUCAGAGUGAAAUAGAUUGGAUGUGGUAACACAAGUGCCUGGUGUGAGGUUCUGUUAUUUAUGUAAGAUACAUUUAACCUGUUUAAUCCAGUUUCAGUGACACCCCUCAAGUUGCACUUGUUGCCUAAAAUAACUUCUAGAGCAGUAAAUGUUUUGUUUUAUAUAAAUUCCAUUAAACUGCAUGUUAAAUCUCAAUAUUUUUAAUAGAGCAGAAUUUCAUGAAGGAUUGGUUGCAAUAAUCUGGUUAGAAAGGUUUAGAAAAAUAAGUGGAAACCAGGUCUCUAUGUAGCUGUUUCACACUGAAAAAAUGGUCUUGUCUGUUAUUUUAUGAAGUUAUUAGACUUUGUGAAGGUUCCACAUUUUUCAUUAAAGCUUGUAUAAAUUAAAAAAAGGCACGAUGGAUCUGUAAAUAUACAAGGUUAUAUUUAUAACUACAAUGUUUCUCUUCUGUAUAUUUGAGGCUGUUUAAUUUGGGUUUGACAAUAAAUUAAUUUGUUCCUUUCAUCUUAUUUGAAUGUUUAUAAAGGAUGGUUAACUAAAAAAGAUGGUUAAGUUACUCCUGAAAGUUUUGAAUGGCUGUCCAUGGUGACGCUUUCACAAUAAAAAAUAUUUUUGAGCUCCUAAAAACAUGUAAAAAUACAGUG